ACAAACAUAUUAAAAACAAAGAAAUGUGAACGAAAUUCACGGACGACGUUGCCAUAAGACAUACGUAUAAUACAAUAAAAUAAAACAAGUUACUGUCCCGGUUAUAUCCGUUUUCUUCGGUGAAAGGACUUUCAUCUGUGCUGGUCAUAUGAUGCGAAUGCGGAUCACAUGAUCACGCCAAAUGAUUUUAUCUGUCAAUCAUUUCUUCACGCAAUGUAAGCGCAAAUAACUGCUAAACAAUUCAUACAUGUAAACUGCAUUCAAAUUAAAAUCCGUUACAUUUUAAGUGACAUGCAAAUGAUAUGGUUCACUCCGAAACUAAACUUAAUUCGAACGCGGAACGCACUGUCAGAAGUGUUUGAUUACUGGGGAGUUGUAAUAUGGCGCACGCGCUAGAGGAGGAGGUACAGCUCAAGGAUACAUGGAUGCAUGAUGUUAGCAAUGACAUCCAGUAUAAACAUAAUAAAUGGACUUUUAACCAUCAAAAAUUCACUCCACAUAAAGAUUCCCUAUCUCACAUUUAUACAGAGGCCAACAGAGAUCAAGUGCUCAAGAACAUUAACAACAGGACAGCACAAUGAACAGUACUGUAUUGAUAUUGUAAGGAAAAGGGACUAUGAGGGAUUUUUGUGUUCAUUGCUUUUUCCUGAGGCUGUUCGUCGCUCUGCACUGGCACUGAGGGCAUUCAAUGUAGAACUGGCACAGAUUAAGGACUCUGUUUCUCAGAAAACCAUUGGUUUAAUGCGACUGCAGUUCUGGAAGAGCGCCGUGGAGGAUAUUUACAGAGAUGACCCUCCAGUCCAGCCCGUCAGUGCAGAACUGUGGAGAGCAGUGUGGAAGCACACAUUAACAAGGAGGUGGAUGUUAAGGAUCAUAUCUGAAAGAGAGAAAGAUAUGGAGGACAAAGCAUACAGGAAUUUUCAAGAGCUGGAGGCCUAUGGUGAAAACACACAAUCCUCUCUUCUUUACCUGCUGCUGGAGACACUCGGUGUGAAAAAUGUCCAUUCAGACCAUGCCGCAAGCCACAUUGGCAAAGCCCAGGGCAUCCUGACCUGCUUGCGGGCGACCCCAUACAACAGCAGCAGACGCAAGGUCUACCUGCCAAUGGACAUCUGCAUGCUGCAUGGCGCGUCUCAAGAGGACUUCAUUCGUGGCAGCAGGGACCAGAACAUCAGGGAUGUUGUUUAUGACAUUGCCAGCCAAGCCCAUGUCCAUCUCCAGCACGCUAGAUCAUUCAGUGAGAACGUUCCACAUGUGGCCAUGCCUGCCUUCCUGCAAACGAAGAGGUGGAGCCUCUUCAACCCACAUGACUCCUGCCCCCUGAAGGCACCACUACCAGCUGAUGGUCUGAUUACACAUCUUAAGCCUUUUUUACUCUUUUACAGUAAUUUCCCUUAAAGGAAGAAAUGUCUAAGAGGAGAUGGGGGAAUAACAUAUUAGGCAAAGCAUAGGGAAGCAGUCUGAAAUUUUCAGUCCAAUUUCAGCCUGUUUGUCGAUGCUUCAGUGUUUCAAUUGCUUCGACCAGUGAAAUGCUUUCUGUGAACAAAAUGGCCUGGAUAGCGUUUUUAUUUCACUUCCUAUCACUGUAAUAUUCUGCUCUUAUUUUCCAUUUCCACAUCCCUGUGUUUAACUGUCAUUCGUAUUCUUUAAAGCCAUUGCUUCACAGCAGGCCGUUUAGUGACACUUUGUGCUCCACUUGGUUUGGCUGGUGUUAAUCGUAACUGUUUUCUCACAAAAGGAAUUUACUGUAAGGUUUGGCAUUUGAGGGUUGUAAUUUGUAUUUGGGUUAAUUUACAGCUGCAGGAAAAAGUAUGUGAACCCUCGGGUGUUCUUGUGAAUUGCAAACACAAAACCAUUUUUACAGGACUGGUUGGCUAAGUCAGUAGCCUAGGGAUUUACAUGCGUCCUCCCAUCCUGCACUGCAAAAUUUUACAUGGAUAACUAUAUUGUUUAAAAGUUUGGGGGCGAUGAGACUUUUAUAUUAUUUAUUUA